GACAGGUCGCUGCGCUCGUGACAAGUGUCGCACAGAUCAUCUGUGUCUAUGUGUAUGCGGGUGAGCGCCACCAGGGACUCGGCGCCACCUCUUUUGUUUACUGACACCAGACGAGCAGGUUUGAAAGGAGCCGGUUUAACGUCUUUGUGUUGCGGCUUUGGAGGUUCAGCAAAGAUGACACCUCGACUGCUGCUCGCAACUUUGAGCGUGCUUGGGACACUCGCCGCGGCGGAUGCGAUAUUCGGGCAACGUGAGGCGACGGACGCCAGGUUUCGGAUCUUCAGGAGGACGAGGGCGAAGCGCGAGGCUAGCAAGGACAACAACACGACGGCAGCACGAGGCACCUCCCUGUGCGUGCGAGCUGUCGAGGCGGCGGUCUUGGAGAGCCUGCAACGCAACACUCACCUGCACGAGUUCACAGAAGACUAUGGUUCAUCUAUCAUUCUGUCAUGGGUUGGAGAUGGAACUGGAAUUAUUCUGGCCUUCACAACUCACAGUCCUUCAUUAUCUUGGCUUUUUUCGAUGUCUUCCAAACUUUACAGAAGUGAGGAUUCUGGAAAAACCUUCAAAGAUAUAUCUGAUGUUAUUGGAAAUGCUAACUUGGAACAAAACUUUGGCAUUAAUGUGGGACCUGGGAAUUCAAAACGGGUAAUUCUGACAUCAUUUAUGCAAGUAGAUGAAAGGCAUGUAGGCAAGCUGUUCAUGUCUUCAGACUCUGGGAUACAUUUUGAUGCAGUGGAGCUUGCUUUCCUUCCUGCACAGCAAAUUGUCUACCACUCUAAUCCAGAUUACCUGCUGGUCACUUGCAGUAAUGAUAAUUUAUGGCUUUCUCUCAACUUUGGAAAGCAAUGGACAAAAAUACAUGACAAUGUGCAGAAUUUUGCUUGGGGACCCGGAAUUACAAUUUUUUUUAGUACUCAUCCUGGUGGUGUAAAAAUUGAUCGAAAAGGAGCAUUGUUCCUGAAAAGGACAGAAGAUCUGGGAAAAACAUUCACCAUUAUCUCAAACAAUAUGUAUUCAUUCGGAUUUACGGGUCGUUUUCUAUUUACUUCAAAUGUUGAAAAGCUGGGUGAGCCCAGAGUUAUUUAUGUUUCUUCAGACCAAGGAGACAACUUUAACCAAGCCCAGCUACCAUCAGCAACAGAUGAACAGUUUUACUCUGUGCUCCAAGCAGACGAAGAAAUGAUUUUCAUGCAUGUAGAUGAUGAAGGAGAUUCUGACUUUGGUACAAUUUAUACAUCAGAUGAUCGUGGUAUACUGUACUCAAAGUCAUUGGAACGACACAUGUUUGCAAGAAAUGGGAAAAAUGACUUUACAAAUGUCACUUCUUUACGAGGAGUUUAUCUUACAAAUGCUGUGGCUGAAGAUGGAAACAUUAAAACAGUCAUAACAUAUGAUAGAGGAGGAGAGUGGUCACCUUUAAAAAAACCAGUUGGAGUGGAAUGUGCAGCUAACGAAGAAAAGUGUAAUCUUCAUAUUCAUGGCGAAUACAGCAAGUAUAAAAACUUGGUUCCAAUGCUACCUUUGUCUGAUCCAAGUGCAGUUGGUUUGAUUAUUGCUCAUGGUAGUGUUGGGGCUUCUAUUACAUCUAUUGGACCAGAUGUUUAUGUUUCUGAUGAUGGAGGCUACACGUGGUUAAAAGCACUGGAAGGCCCCCAUCAUUAUGCACUUCUUGAUUCUGGAGGUAUCAUUGUAGCUGUUGAGCAACGCAGAGAACUUCCAGUCAAAACAAUGAAGUUUUCUACUGAUGAAGGACAGUGCUGGAAUUUAUACAAUUUUACAGAUGAACCGAUUUAUUUUGCUGGCCUUGCUUCUGAACCUGGAACAAAAACAAUGAAUGUUAGCAUAUGGGGAUAUAGAGAAGUUGAAUACAAUAAUUAUGUGUGGGUGUCCAUUACUGUCGACUUUGAGGAGCUGCUUUCAAGAGACUGUCAGGAGGAUGACUAUGUCAAGUGGUUAGCACAUUCCACAGAUAAUGAUGAAGAAACUUCAGCUGAGAAUGGAUGCAUCCUUGGGUAUAAAGAAACAUAUCAAAGGCUGAAGAAAAACUCUGUAUGUAGAAAUGGCAGGGAUUACAUUGUGGCAAAAGAACAGAGUAGUUGCCAGUGUACAAAGUUUGACUAUUUGUGUGAUUAUGGUUAUUUUCGCCAAGAAAAUACAUCUGAUUGCAUUGAAGAUCCCAGCUUGAAAAAUAAGGAGCUUGAAUUUUGUUUCCAAGGAAAUGAGGAGCAACUGAAAACAAGCGGGUACCGCAGAGUUCCUGGUGAUAGAUGUGAAGGUGGAUUUAGUCCAUUGCGCUCUGAGCAGAAACUUUCAAGUAAAUGUGAAAAGGCACAGAAGUCAAAAGAUAUGACAGUUGUGACUGUUGUAAGUGCUGUGAUUUUGGUAUUAGCGUUAGUUGGAGGAAUUACCCUAAUAAUGAAAAAAUAUGUAUGUGGUGGAAGGUCGUUAAUAUAUCGCUAUUCUGCACUUCAACAACGAGAUGAUGAGACUUGCAUUAUUGCUGAUGCCAAUAAUACUGAUAGAACCUUUCAUGAUGACUCAGAUGAGGAUUUGAUUGAAUAAAUGAAGAAAACUAAAAGAUGGAUUGUCUACAAAAGCAUUUCUUAAUAAAAAUGGUAAUUUGAUUGAAGUGCCUAGAAAAGUACAUAUAUGCUGAUUUAAGAAGUAAAGAAAAAAGAACAGGAAAAGAGUCAAUGCUCAGUUAAUUUGAGUGUAAUAUAUGCUUUUUAGAUUGCACUUUCACUACUUGGUUCACAGAAGAAAAAAAAUAAUUCACACCUAAUAUAAUCAUUUAGUACAUUUUGUUUUUUUCCAGAAAUUGAUUCUUCAUUAAGUAAAAUGUUUAAAGAGGGGAGAGUUGUUUUUAUAGUCAUUUUGUAAAUUAAUAUUCAGGUCGUUUAACAGUCAACAGUCAAGUGAAAUUCCUCAGCUUAAAAUACUGGACACAUGUCUUUGAGGAAAGUGAAGGCAUACCUCACUAUUUUUAAGGUUGUCUAAUAUUUAAAAUAUAAACCAUUUAUUUUUAACGUACUUUUUAUCAAAAGAAAAGAGACACAUCCUUUGCAUUGACUGUUACUGUAUUUUAUUUUAUUUGCUGUAAAUAGGAAAAGCAAAACUUGAAACAUAUGAAGUAGCUGGUAUUGAUUAUAUUUAUGUUGCAAAUGUUGUGUGGGUGAAGGUAGAGUUUCAGUUGUACAAACUGCAUUACAUAUACAAGAAACUUACUGAAAUGAAUGUAAAGUAUAGAACUGUAAUUGAGAUUUUGUUUUACAGGAAACCAUUACUCAAGAAGAAAUAUCUGAUAUUUUUAAAUGAUAUUUUUAAUAAUAAUAUGCUCUGUACAAAUGGAAUUCUUUAUAUGUAAAAUAACAAUGAUAAAUGUAAAUAAAAUGUUUCAUGCUGUAAAUAACAACCUUCACAGAAGUAAAUGUGGAAAAACAGUGAAAUUACAUUGUUUUGUAAAUCCAUUUUCACCUGUCCAAGCAAACUGGAAGAUUUUAACAACUUCAGUUAGUUGUGCUCAGUAAACCCAAAUAAAUAAUUAUUUUGUAAAAUGUUGAA